GGGUCUAAAACAGAUAAUUCAUGUACGACAGUCAGAGCAUCCUUACAACUGCGUGAACGCGCACGCCUAUUGAAUGGCGUACGUGCGCGCGUACGAGCCAGAGGCACAAAAGCGGCGGAGCUCCGGAGUGAAGGCUCAAAAGUUCAGAUCCGACACCGACAGCAGAGCUCAUGAAGAGGGGCACAGAGAGGGACGGAGCUGGAGCGGAUGCUGGACUCUUGUUUUGAAAGUUCAAAAACUCGAUGAAGGAUUUCCUCAGAUUCUAGUUUGGUCACUUUAUUUUGGAACAGCGAGAUGUUGAUGGAGGAAAGAUGACUUAACUUCACCUCUCUGGAUCUGGUUCCUCUUCAAGUGGAUCAGCCCCGAUGAAGACUCUCUAACCCGGGCUGACACACUCCGUGGUCGCGGUGCUGAAGCCCACCGGACGCCGGGAUGGUUCGCCUGCUGAGCUGCCUGCUGCUGGGAUAUCUGACCUGGAAUCUGCGGAUAUCGGACGCACAGGGGGAGUACUGCCACGGCUGGCUGGACGCUAACGGGAACUACCACGAUGGUUUCCAGUGUCCGGAGGACUUUGACACCACGGACGCCACCGUGUGCUGCGGCUCCUGCUCGCUGCGCUACUGCUGCGCCGCCGCGGACGCACGGCUGGACCAGGGCAGCUGCACCAACGACCGAGAGGUGGACAACACGGAGUAUGCAGCGCAGCCCAUCUACGUGCCUUUCCUGAUGGUGGGCAGCAUCUUCGUCGCCUUCGUCGUGGUCGGCUCGCUGGUCGCCGUCUACUGCUGCACCUGCCUGCGACCCAAGCAGCCGACCCAGCAGCCAAUCCGCUUCUCCCUGCGUAGCUGCCAGGGAGAAACCAUCCCCAUGAUCCUGACCACGGCGCCCCCGAGCCUCCGUGCCCCGUCCAGACAGUCGAGCACAGCGACCACCAGCUCCAGCUCGGCCGGAGGAGGAAGCUCCAUGCGGAGGUUUUCUCUCGGAGGUCAGCAGCAGCAGCAGCAGCACGCCACGGUCUCCUCCUCAGCCUCCUACCCCCCUCAGACUCUUCCUCCCCCUCCCCCUCCCCCCUACAUGUCUGCACAGAUGUCAGCUGUCACCACCCACCCUCAGCUGCAGCUCCACCAGACCUCUCAGCCGUCUCAGAGCGCCGCCUUCCUCCUGCCGCAGCAGUACUUCUUCCCCCUGCAGCCCGACGCCUUCACAGCCACCAAGGGCUUCGCUGACUUCGGGCAGAGCUGACAGCGCCCCCCGCAGAGCGAACAGGGGCAUUACAAGAUUUAGAAAAACACACGGCCGCUUCGCUUCUGGUGUUUGGUUGCUGGUUGAAGGACUCAGUUUGAUGAAGCCUUCUCCUCCUGCAGCUCUGAGUCUGGUUAUUGGAUCCUGUUACCAGACCUCCCUAGACCACAUUGUGGUUUAUAAACGCUGUUGGACUCCAAGCCCCCCCCCCAAAAGAUCCAAACCUCCCUCAGAAGCUGUUCCAACUGAAGUCACAGACUCGAACAUUCAGAAAGAACAUGUUGGAAACCAGGAAGUAAAGUUUAUUGACAAUCUGACACAGGAGGACAUUUUAUUUUGACGGGGUGUGAGAUGUAGUGAUGUCACAUUAAAGUUGUUUUUCAGA